CCUUCUCUAAUAUUACUUUCAUAUAUUCUAAUCCCAAUUGACAAAGAAUAAAAGCAAUGAAACAUAAGUAAAACAAAACAGCAUUUCAUAGACCAUGCUGCCAGUGUCACACAGUCUGCUUUCUUCCUAAUUUUACUGCAUUAAAAUAUUUUAUGCAUGCAAAGUCAGACUAAAAGACAGUCAUGAGACAGUUUCAUACAAUAAAAGAAAGAAAAAGAAAAAAAGCCUGGAAGUACAAUGAGGUUUAGGUAAAGGCCGUGAUGAAGUAAAUAAGUAAAUAAAACUAAAUAUUAACAUAUUCACAUUAUCUCACUGUCACUGAAAUCACUUUACAAGCAGUUUUGGGCAUCAAUUUAUUUGAAACAGAUUCCAAAACAGUAUUUUCUUUUCUUAAACAGAAAAAAACAAACAAAUUUCUGUGUACAAAAUAAGCUGGUUUAUUUCUGAACACACUGAAGACAGUUCAGGAUCGUCUGCAGUAUCGUCUUUAAAACUGAUGAAACGCCACAAAAAUGCACAAACACAGAUUACUAUUGAACUCUGAUUCAAUCACUUCAGUGUCAGGUCAAGCCUAAAGGUUGGAUGAUUUCAUCAGCACAGGUCACCCUUUGAACGGGUGCAAUCCCAGCAUCCCGGGACUAUAAAAACCCAUGGAUUGUUAGAGAACUCACCAUCACAACAUCAGGCCUAAGAACCCCUGGAUACAAGGCAAAUCUCACCCAACCUGCAACCAUGAAAUUCUCCCUCAUCGCCAUCCUUCUUGUUGCUCUGGCCAUUGGCUCCGAGUCAGCUUCUCUGGUCAAGAGAGACGCUCCUGCUGAGCUGGAGAAGAUCGCCAAGUACUUCCAGGAUCUCGUGGACAACCUGAAGAACGUUGAGGGCCCUGAGCUGGCCAACAAGGCCAAUGCUUACUUUGAGCAGAGCAGAGCCCAGUUCCAGCCCAUGGUUGAGAAGCUCCAGGAGCAGCUGAAGCCCCUCUCCGGCAACAUUGAAGACCACAUCAAGCCUCUGGCCGCCUCCGUCCAGGCUCAGGUCGCCCCCCUGGCCGGCAUGAUCCAGACCCAUGUUGAAGAUGUCCUCAAGUUUGUGGCUGACAAGAGCAAAGCCAUCCUGCCUCCCCAGUAAAACCACAGGAAUCCUUCUUAGUUCUCUUCAAAUUUUGUUAUCUUUAUGUAUAUUUAAAAUAAUAAAAACAGUGACAUCUCCUUUUUUUCUCUUUUUU